AGACAUUCAAUCUUGACAAACAAAAAAUAAAAAUACAAUAGAAACAGGGUAAUAGAGAUCCGUGCAAGACGAGGUACAGAAUCAGUCCCAGUCUGCCAAAAAAACAAUAAAAAUAACAAAAUCACAUUUGAAUAGAUAAACAUAUUUUAGUGGAAAAACUCAAAUGAAAGUAUGGACCUAGUAUGGCAGAAUAUGGGAGCUUUAAUAGAAAUAAAAGAAGAAGAAAAGGAAGCAGAAGAAAAAGAAGCAGAAGAAGAGGAAAAAGAAGCAGAAGAAGAAAAAAUGGAAGAAAAUGAAGCAGAAGAAGAGGAAAAAGAAGCAGAAGAAGGAAAAAAGCAGAAGAAGAAAACGAAGCAAAAGAAAAAGAAGCAGAAGAAGAAAACGAAGCAGAAGAAGAAAAGGAAGCAAAAGAAGCAGAAGAAGCAGCAGCUUCGGCUCUGCCAAUCAUAGCAAAGGGGGCGUGGCUUAGCAUCUCUGCCUGUGACGCCAAACUCAGGGCAUCAAACUCCCACCAUUUUCGAAUGAUGUUAGCUAACAUGCGAGCUUCAAGCUAACGAAGCUAACUGUCAACCAAAGGGACAUUUAACAGUUAUAUGAGUCAGUUUUAACGUCGGUAAGUCCUAACAACAUACCGCCACGUUGACUCCGUAAAUAUCCAGCGUUUGUUGAGUACUUUAUACUCCAGUGGCUGUUACCUCAUGUCUGUAGCAGGACGACAUGCUGUGACUGAGCGGUGUCCUCCACUACAGCAGCAAUGUUGCCCUCAACCAGCAGCCUGGUCCGGUCUGCUGUCAGGCUGCUGCCGCGGAGAAACUGGAGCCGAGGAUGUGUCUGGUGCCCGUGCAGAAACAUUUCUGUGAAACCAGGAGGUUUGAAACCAAAGACAGUUCCUCCUCGGUACCUGGGCCAGCCCAGCCCCUUCACCCAUCCACACCUCAUCAAACAUGGUGAGGUGACCCCAGGCUUGAGCCAGACAGAGUACGAGCUCCGCAGACACAGACUGGCCUCACUUAUCGAGGCCCAGUCAGACAGGCUGGGACCCUCUGCCUCCUCCAGCACCCAUGUGGUCAUCGUUCUAUCCCAUCCGACCCGCUACAUGACCAAUGACAUCCCUUAUCCCUUCCACCAGAACCAGGAUUUCCUCUACCUCAGUGGCAUCCUAGAGCCGGACAGUGCCCUGGUUCUUUAUGGAAAAGGGCGACCAGACCAGGCCAUCUUAUUCGUCCCCCGCAGAGACCCAGGCAGAGAACUGUGGGACGGGCCCCGGUCAGGAAAGGACGGGGCGGCUGCUUUGACCGGCAUAGAGAGAGUUCAUAGCACAGAAGAGCUGUGUGUUGUGCUCAAGAGCCUUAAAGGCAAUGUGCUGUGGUACGACAGUUCUAAGCCCGCCCACCCUCGCCUCCACCAGGCUCACGUGAGUCCCGUACUGGAGGCGGGGCCGGUGCCGCACUCUGUCAGGCCCCUCAUACACUCCCUUAGGGCCCUCAAGAGCUCGGCAGAGGUGGCGCUCAUGCAAGAAGCAGGUCACAUCACAGCACAGGCCUUUAAGAGGACGAUGGCCAUGUCUCAAGGAGACAUUGAUGAAGCUGUAAUCUUUGCCAAGUUUGAUUUUGAGAAUCGGAUCCAUGGCGCCAACUUCCUGGCCUACCCCCCUGUUGUUGCUGGAGGGAAUCGAGCCAACACUCUGCACUACAUAAACAACAACCAGAUUAUCAAGGAUGGUGAAAUGGUUCUGCUUGAUGGUGGUUGUGAAUACUUCGGUUACGUCAGUGAUAUCACUCGAACAUGGCCAGUGAAUGGAAAGUUCAGCCCCGCCCAGGCUGAGAUGUACGAGGCCGUCCUGGAGGUCCAGCGCGCAUGUUUGUCUCUGUGCUCCCCGGGCGUCAGUCUGGAUCACAUCUACAGCACCAUGCUGGCUCUGCUGGGACGACAGCUCAGGCGGCUAGGCAUCGUCAAGGCCAGCACCACUGAUGCUGAUGUACUGAAGGCUGCACGACGGUACUGCCCCCACCAUGUUGGCCAUUACCUGGGCAUGGAUGUCCACGACACACCUGAGCUGUCCCGCUCACAACCUCUACAGUCAGGAAUGGCCAUCACAAUAGAACCAGGGUUGUACAUCUGCGAGGACAAUGAUCAGGCACCGGAGCGUUUCCGCGGCUUGGGUAUCAGGAUUGAGGAUGACGUGGUGAUCCGAGACAAGGGGGGCCCUCUGAUUCUGUCCUCUGGGGCGCCAAAGACCAUCGCUGAUGUAGAGAAGGCCUGCGCCCAGAGAUAGGGCAGGGAGAGACAGACAAGUCACCAAGUGAGCUGUGGCAUCGAUGGCAGGCAGUGUGCUGUGCUUUUCCAAACGUCUCCACGGUGAUGAUGUCAUCAGGCUCAGGGCCCAGGUACAUGAAUGACAGGUGGGAGCACACUGCAGGACUCUGGUUUAAGCCUCAGCAAGGCCUCAAACAUGUAGAAAUGUGGUGUGGAAGAUCAUAGAUUUUGUGGGUGCUUUUGUUGUCUACCUAAAUGUUUAAAGACACUGGUUUUAUAUUUGUAGUUCUCAGUGAAUGAUGAUGAAGAGCUCAUCAGCUGUAAGAGGUGGGUUUAGUUGUGUGUGAAGGGGUUAUGGUGUAACUGACAUGUUCUUCCUCAAAAAACAUGUCAGGGCUACAGCAAAACCACAUGGAGGCCAUUCUUGAUCAUGUAUAACACAUCCAUUUUGUGUUGUGAUGGUGCUAUCAGUGGGUUAAUCCAACACUGAACUAUAAAUAAAAACCUAGAAACAACAGUCAACCUCUUCAAUCAAGUAUUCAGCUGAAGACCCAGUGGUUAGAUCCAGCAACCAUUUUGUUUUUCAGAAUUGCCACCAUCAUGUCACACCAGGACAUAAUUGUUUGCUUCUUGUCUCACUCAGAAAACUUUCUUUAAGCCUACAUACACACACUUCCUUUGUCUCUUACACACACAAAAAAAGCAGAAGUCUUCUCCAGCUCACGCUACAGUAAAAAAGAUCAAAACACCAAGUUGUUGAACAUUCACCUACCGAGCUGCAGGAAGGUCAGGGAGACCCGGAGCAUGUUAAAUAAACACACCACCAUGUUAAUACACACAGGUGAUGAAUAAAGAUGUCUCACACAGCUGGUCCUGGUAAGCCUGGAAUGAUGGUAAUGAUUAUACCAAUACACUGAAAAGGCUUAUAAAGUGUACACUGAGAAGGGUGUGUGUGUUACGUGUGUCUCCUCAGCAGAGAAAUAUGAUCUUUUUUAAAGACACUUGUGUUUAUAUGUAUUAAAAAGAUCUCAUUGUCUCAUAUUUAAUGCAAAUACAUGAUUUUAUUUCAUAUUUGGUGACAAAACUGUAUUUUAUUUCACUCAAAUACAAGUUUAAAGUAUUUGUAUGUCACUCUGCUUUAUUCAUGUCACUGUUUAGAUGUUGUACUUUUUACUCCGGGGUGGCAAGGUGGUACAGUGGUUAGCACUGUUGUCUUACAGCAAGAGGGUCCUGGGUUCGAACUCGCUGGCUGGCUGGGGCCUGACACCUCUGUGUGGAGUUUGCAUGUUCUUCCAGUGUCAGGGUUUUCUCCACCUUCCUCCCACAGCCCAAAGGCAUGCAGGUUAGGUUGUUUGGUGACUUACGUUUUGUCAUUGUCAUAGGUGUGAAUGGUUGUUUGUCUUUAUCAGCUCUGUGAUAGUCUGUCAGCCUGUCCAGGGUGUACGCCACCUCUUGUCCAGUGUCAGCUGUAAUAGGCUCCAGCCUCCCUGCAGCCCUGAAUAGGACAGGUGUUUACGGACACUGAAUACUUAUAAUCCACUAAAUUUAUUGUAAAGUGUAGAUUUAUAUUUUACAGCAGGACAUAUGAGAAUAUAAGACAUGAUGCAUUGUCAUAGGUUAAACUGCCCUAU